UUUCCGCAUUUAUUUAUGGGCUCAUGUACAUAUAAGUGGAUGUUUAUGCUGUAGGCCACAUAGUUGCUGGAGUGAGUUUAAAAGCGAAAGUCAUGGGCUGUUUGGAUCCAAUAGGAAUCAAGGAAUGUUUAUUUUCACGUUUGAAUUGACCACACUUACGCACUUAUUUGAGGAGGCUGAACUCAUCUGAUUUAGUUUACUGUAGAAAUGAUUGGGACGCACUGGCCAGUGCAGUGUCAUCACGCAGCCAGCAUGCCGGUGGAGAGAAUGCGUAUGAGACCGUGGUUGGAAGAGCAGAUAAACUCGUGUCAAAUUCCGGGGCUCAGAUGGGUCAACAAGGAGAAGAGAAUAUUCCAGAUUCCAUGGAUGCAUGCUGCGCGGCAUGGAUGGGACGUGGAGAAAGAUGCUCCUCUCUUUCGAAACUGGGCCAUACAUACAGGGAAAUACCAACCAGGUGACAAACCGGACCCCAAAACAUGGAAGGCGAACUUCCGCUGUGCCAUGAACUCUCUGCCUGACAUUGAGGAGGUGAAAGACAAAAGCAUCAAAAAGGGAACAAACGCUUUCAGGGUGUACAAGAUGCUGUCAGCGUCUGAAAGGCAUUCUAAGAGAGGGAAAAAGAGGGCUUUUGAAAAAGAAGAUAAGAUAAAGGCUGUGGGACCGUGCCCUGCGCCCUCAGGUUGGGAAAACAGUAAUGGCUAUUCAGCCUGUUUAAUCCCAGUAACAGUCAAGGAGGAGGCAGAUUGCUCUGGUACAGAAUUUGGUGGGCAGAGCCCUGCAGACGAUCACUUGAUCAUCAACGAUCUGCCCGAUGUGUGUCAGACCAUUGAGGUGGUGACGGAAAACGAUCAGGCUGUGACCUCCAGCGACCCUUACCCCUUACAGAUCUCCCCUGUCUCCUCGUAUGGAGCAGAGAGCGAUACAGACAGCGUCCAAAGUGAGGAAGACUCCAAAGAGCAUGUUCAGACCUUACUGUUUGGACAUGAAGAUAUGAAGCCGCCAGUUAUGAGGAUGUCUCUGCCCAGCAUGUCUUCUUUCAUCUCUUCUGAAAAACCCAACUUCAAGAUAACCACUGUCCAAGACCAAGUGCCUUCAUCCUUACACUCCCCUUUCACAGUUGGGACUCCAUGGAACAUCCUAAACUCAUCUUUCCCCCCGUCUCACACCCCAGGACCUUCAGAUCAGCCCCCCGUCCAUGAGAAACGAGCCAGUGUGAUCAUGAAGACCUCAGAUGUGUCCAAAUCCUCCGUUAAGAGCUGCUGAUGAUAUCUGCAUUGUGACACAAUGUCUAGCUGGACUUGACCAAGACAUGGAGAACACUAUUGUUGCCUUUGGUAAAGGACCUAAGAGCUCACUGGACAACGUUGCCUUAAAGGACAGCUUUCUGGACGAGUAAAGCAUCCUACCAAAGUGGAGGUUAAACAUAGUCCCAGAUGGGAAGUGAUCCAGGAGCUUAAAUUCAGGGAGAUUUUGAGCACAGUGACGUGCAGAGGCCCCAAAAGGUGUUUGGACACUUAAGCCACGCUUAGAAAUGUAUAAAUAUCAUUGAAUUAGAUAACAAAUUAACAAAUCAAGCAACAUUUAUGAUAGCACAUGUUCACUUGUGCUUGUUAUAUUCAAAAAAAUAGAUUCAUUGUUCAAAAUGAAGACAAAUAGCAUUCGGUUCAUAGUGAAUGUGAUGAAAUACACCUGUGCUUACUCUGCUAGGAAACCUGUGUGAGCUUGAGGGAAACUGACUUUAAAAAAUUUGUUUGGAAAAGUUAAAGGAAUGAUCCGGGGUCAAUACAAGAUAAGAUUAAUUAACAGCAUUUGUGGCUUUAUGUUAAUUUCCACAAAAAAAAAACAAAAAAAACAUUAUUGCAUUGAAGCAAAGACAUUUUAUGUGUUAACAUGAUUUUAGUGUGAUAAAAUCGCUUACUAACUUUAUCAGUGUAAAGUUAUAUUCAAUAUUACAACUUAAUUGUCAUUAAAACUAAAUUUUCCAUAGAUAAGGUUAGUAAGCAGUUUUAUCACAAUAAAAUCAUGUUUACAUGUAUAAUGUUUACAUCUUCUGGCUAUACUUUUAAAACAGUGCGUAUUUUAGCCUUUGUGGACUAGCCCCAUUAACUUCUUUUAAGUGCCUUACUGUAACCUUUUUUAGAUAUAUAAACAAUGGGCUACUUGAAUUUUUUUUGUUUUUGUUUUGUUUUGUGGUAAUCAACAUUAUGCCACAAGUGUUGUUAUUUUAAUCUUAACUGGCAUAAUUUCUGUGCCACUAGCAUCACCAAAGGAAUUGUAAUAAUAAACAUUGUUUUCAAACAGCGUUCAGAAUAGAGGUCGACCGAUAGUGGAUUUUGCCAAUACAGAUAACUAAGGUGGUGGAAUAGGCCGAUAACCGAUUAAUCGGCCGAUAGUUUUUCAAAACGAUUAAUAGAAUGUAAAAAAAAAAAAAUCUUAGUCUUUGCUUACUAUGACAGGCAAAGACAUAAGCCCUAUUCACACAUGCAAUCAGGUAAAUUACAGGAAAAUCGUUAGGUUGCCUUUACUGGUAAAUGUACCAAAUGUGCUGUUCACACAUGAAACUUUUUUCUGUCUUUUUUCCGUUUUGAUAACAUUCACACAUCAGCACCAAAUGCCGUUAAACUAUGUGACGUUGUUUGCCAGGAAUGACCUCAACACGGCUGUGCCGGAAAUGUGGGCUUUUAAUUUUGAUUUUGAUUUUGGAGCUGAAUGUAUGCGAUUGGUAAAGUUGGUGUUUUUUUAUUUUAUUUUAGUUUUUUAGUUUUUUGGUAAAUGUUUUCAUUUAUGCACUUGCUCGAGACUCAACGAUACCAUAUGCAAUGACUUCAAAUGAGAGUGUUGAACAUCAGAGAGCAAAAUGCUGUCGCUAGCAUCAGAAUGCAGAGAUGCUCUCUGAGGCUGUAAAGCUCUGUACUCUGUACGUAUUUUGCUACACAGAGGUCUGCGUGAAGAACGUGGGUUGAUCAGAAACAUGGGAAAUCGCUAACUGUUCCAGUAACUGAGCCAGUAACUUUCAGCUGUCGGGAAAUGUAUUCAUCUGCUAGGAUGAAGAGAAGCGCUCUAGUUUCACUAUCUGACCAGUUUGUUGAUAUUUUUCACUGGUAAGAAAAGAGCGCAGCAUAAUUGCGUCAUCUCCGUCACAACGUUCUUACAUCAGCGCACCAUACCUUGUACAAACCGAAACCGGUAUUCUGGCUCUGUUCACACAUACCAUCAAUAAGGAAAUUUAUAGGUAAUGAUACAACUUCGCAUAAGGAAAACUGCCAGAGCAAAAUUUACCAGUAUUUUCAAAAGGGUUGUGUUCACACAUGACCUCUAAGCAGGAAAUUGUAGGUAAUUUUCUGGAAAAAGCUGUAUGUGUUAACAAGACUAUAGAGGCUACAAGAUGAACAAAAUUCUAAAUGCAGUCUAUUCCCAAUAAUAACAAGAUAUAAAAUAUAUGUUGCAUAAUGUGGGACUUUUAACUAUAAACAAGCUCCAAAUACAGAUACUUAUUUCGUGACUCUUAUUUUGAAAUCACAGAGACUUGGCUCAGUUACAGUGUUCUAUAUUUAAGUAUUUACCAAAUGUAGAUUUUAUAGGGAUUUUAUACAUCACCAGAUGAGGUUUUUUAUUAUUAUUCACAAGAAAGUUGGAGACAAGAUGUAUGUGCUGGUGGCACGUUUCUGUAGAGUCGCAUUUAUCUUUGCAAGCCCAUGCUUCAGUUUAGAAACACCUGAUUUAUCUAUCAAAAUAACAAAAUAUGCAUUGAAGUGCAGAUAAAAAUAUGGACGAAUAUUGUCAAUAAUGAAAGAUUUAGAUACAGCAAAUCCCCACGAGGUGUCAGUGAUUGUUUUUAUUUCACCUCUAGAGGUCGUUCUUAGUGUAGAACUCUGUAGCGCCGACACAGAGAAACAUGUAGGAAUAAAAAAAAGAAGCAAAUAUCGGCAUAGAUUUUUGCUAGUGACUGUAAAACCAAUAUAUCAGUCUACCUCUAGUUCAGAAUACACUCCCGUCUUCUGUUGAUCGAACAAACAGAUAGUCCCACCCCCAACUCAUGCCAUUUGUUAAGUCAAUGUUGUUGUGUCGUGCUGGCCAGGCCACUCAAAACAAACAUAGGAAUUUUUAUAGCACCAUGAGACACAGUGUUCACAGUUUUCAAGAAAAUGGCUUACUUAUUGUUGUCUCUGCAUAUUAAGCUGGGGUAGCAGAAAGUAUUUUAACAAUGAAAUUGUUACACACUUCAGCUUGUACUUAAUCUGUAUCAUUCCUUUAAGUUAGUUCUGAGAAAAUCUGUAGCAUCAUUUGUUUGCAGAUGCCACUGAUUUGAAAUAUGGUGUGUAAGUGUGGCUUAAGUUUCCAAAUACUUUAUGGGUCCACUGUAUAUCCAUAAAUUGCCAUAGUGAGGGGUGUCUAGAUUGCAAGCUGUUGUAAAUGUGUAUAUAAAGGGAUUAUUGCCCAAUUGCCUUUUAGCCCCUCGAGCACCUUAUGGUUAAGCACUGGCUGUGAUAAUCAGUGACUUUUGUUGCUCACGAUCGAGGAGAAUAGUUAUAUGAGCCUAUACGUGACUCCAACGAAACCAGAAAAAAAUGCACUUAAUGGCAUCAUCUUAACUUAUCUUAGGACCUUUAUCGCGAGCCGAUAUAUUUUUAUACCUUAGGGAUCUUUAUGCAAUGGAUAAUAUAUGAAAUAUCCGCUAUUUUACAUUAUUGGCCCUAUGAUGUACAAAAUCUGGUGUGAAUUUGUGUUAGUUUGUGGUUUUUACAAAAAAACAACGCACUUCUUUUUAUGAAUAUAUAUAUAAACAUAGGUUAGAAAAUGUGUCUCUUUCUACUGUAUAUGUGAACAUGUAUGUUUUGCUUGUCUGUGUCUAUGACUGUAUAUGCAAAUCCCAGAUAUAUGUGUGUGUGUGUCGAUAUGAUCUUUAUACACAUACAAGGACUUCUUUUAAUCCUGUGGAUCACUGAACAUGGCAGUUUAAGACAGAUUUCCUCAAGAUUGUGGUGUAUAAAAAUCAUGUGACCAUAAGAAUAAAUCACAAACUGCUUAAGU